UUACAAUGGGCUUGAUUCAAGUAACCUCCACAAGCACCGAAAUGAACAAUGGAGCUUCUCCUCUGCAGAAUCCCCAAGCGCCGAAGCUCUUAAUCUUCAAACCCUAACCCCAAACUCUCCUCAUUAAGCUUUACGAUCAUGCCAUUCUUCCUCGCAUCUUCAGUCUUCCGUUCUUGCCGUCUCAAGCAUUUUGAAGUAACGCGCCUUUCGUCUCUGUUCUACGCCAUCCGCCAUCAGAAGAGAAGGAGAGAUGUGAUCAACUGCUUGGGUUUGGAUGCUUGUCAUUUUUCUUCACUUGUUGAUGUUUCGGAGUUCGAAUGUGAUAAGCUUAGUGAUGAUACUAGAACAACAGAGAAAGAUGCUGCACUACGUUUGGCAGUCACUCAGCUUGCUGGUGAGUUUGGGAAGGAAUCUAUGUUGUGUUUGCAGAGGUUUUUCAGCUCCCGGAAUGCACCUGUGAUUUCUACUGGAUCAUUAAAGCUUGACCUUGCUCUUGGGAUUGGAGGAUUACCUAAGGGAAGAAUAGUUGAAAUUUAUGGGCAAGAAGCUUCUGGAAAGUCAACAUUGGCGCUCCACAUCAUUAAGGAGGCUCAGAAACUUGGAGGAUAUUGUGCAUAUUUUGACGCAGAGAAUGCAAUGGACAUGUCACUUGCUGAAGCAAUGGGUAUAAACGUAGAUAAUCUUCUUAUUUCACCUCCAGAUACUGCUGAAAAUUUGUUGUGUGCCGUUAAUACGUUAGUUAAAAGUGGAUCGGUCGACGUAAUCGUGGUUGAUAGCGUAGCUGCACUUGUUCCACAAAGUGAACUCGAUGCUUUGAUUGGCAGUCCACAGAAAGACGUUCAAUCUCGAGUGAUGACCCGAGCGUUGAGGAAAAUACAUUAUUCCCUGAGCCUAUCUGAAACUCUGAUUGUUUUUAUUAAUCAGGUUAGAUCGAGCGGAGGGGCUCGGGGUGGUUUUGGACAGAUGAAUGAGGUAACCUGUGGUGGGAAUGCCUUGCAAUUCUAUGCAGCAGUCAGAUUGAGGCUUUUGAGAAGGGGAUUACUGAAGAGUGACGAUAAGGUCACGGGUCUUGCGGUUGCCGUGCAAGUGGUGAAAAAUAAAUUAGCAACGUCGAUGAAAACGGCAGAACUCAGGAUACGCUUUGGGAAAGGCUUAUGCUGUGAAUCUGAGGUUUUGGAAUUGGGUUGUGAGCAUGGAGUUAUUCUUAAAGAUGGAAACAACUUUCGUAUAGAAGGGAGGAUUUGCAGCAGCAAGUAUGAAGCACACCAAUAUCUUAUGGAAAAUGAAGAUGUUCUUUGUAAGGUGGUUGAGAUCUUAAGAAACCAAUUAUUUGUACAAUAGUAGAGUUCUUCACCCCUUGAUGAUUUCCUUGAAUUAUGGCUUUGCGAGUCGUUUACGAUAACCCGAGCAAGGGAAGAGUCAUUGGAGAAGUCGAAAGUCUUUAGAGGCUUCUCGUUGAGAACUGACAAAAGGAAGAGAGCAACCGUGUAAUCCAUAGCUUGCUUUGAUUAGUUGACAGGGCGGGCUCGGAGAGGUCAUUGCCAAUGCCAUUAGCCUACGAUGGUUGACAUUUUGUUUCGAGUAGUGGGUGCAUUCUUCCAUUUUCAAGUCGGGCAAAAAGCAAGAAUUUGGCUUUCUUGUUGAUUCAACGUAACUACAAUAUUCAGGUAUUUGUAUGAUUAUAGAGUUAAAAGAUAAUAUUUUGAUUGAUAUUAUUGAAAUU